AUGUCUACAGAGCAGAAGGGUGAUGUCGGCGUCACCCAAGCUGAGCAUCGAGGGAGCGCCACGGCUAUUCGACAAGUGCAAAAUGUUGCUUUGGCUGAUGCCACGGCGAAAGCCCAGGUGUCUCCAUGGACACCAGCAAUGUUCAAGCUCUAUCUGUGUUUGCUAAUUGCGACACUCAAUUCAUGCAUCAACGGUUACGAUGGUUCCUUGAUGGGCGCAAUCAACAGCUACCCGCAAUACCGAACUUACUUUGGCUUUUCCCUCACUGAGGGUACUCCAAGUACUGGCAUUGUUUACGCAAUAUACACGGUUGGUAACAUUGUUGGUUCCUUCGCUGCUGGCCCCGCAACCGAUUUCAAGGGUAGAAAAUGGGGCAUGUUCAUCGGCUGUCUCAUCAUCGUCAUUGGCACAUGCGUGCAGGCAACAUGCCACAAUUUGGGUGGAUUCAUGGGCGGUCGAUUCAUCCUUGGAUUUGGUGUUGCUAUUACAUCUACUGCAGGCCCCGCAUACGCAUCAGAAAUGGCUCAUCCUGCCUAUCGAGGUGUUCUAACCGGUAUCUUCAACACCUUCUGGUUCGUUGGAGGCAUUCCUGGAACCUUCGUCCCAUAUGGGACUUCAACAAUGGCCGGAACGGUGUCCUGGAGAAUUCCCAUUUGGCUUCAGAUGGUCUUCUCUGGUGUCGUCUUGUUUUGUGCUCCUUUCCUUCCAGAGACCCCUCGUUGGCUAAUCGCGAACGACCGUCACGAAGAAGCCCUUAACACCAUGGCCCGAUUUCACGGCGAAGGGAGCCGCGACUCGCCCAUUGUGCAACUCGAAUACAAAGAGAUGGUAGAAGACAUAUCCGUGACGGGCUCCGACAAGCGUUGGUGGGAUUACCGUGAGCUGUUCAAUUCGCGCGAGCAGCGCUACCGAACAAUGCUUGUCUUGUCUAUGGGUUUCUUUGGGCAAUGGAGCGGCAAUGGGCCAGUUUCAUACUAUUAUCCAGCUAUGUUGCAAGGUGCUGGAAUCACGAAUAACCAUACCCGUCUAUUACUUAAUGGCCUUCAGAACGUAGUAUCGUUCGCAGGAGCCAUAUUUGGUGCCUUGUACACCGAUAAAUGGGGACGACGACCCCAACUCCUCGUCUCUACUGGCAUCGUUGUCGGCAUUUUCGUUCUUGUCUGCGCUCUUGUGGCAACCAACGUUAUCAACGGACCAGAUGGCAAGCCUAAGCUCGACGACAGCGGCACUCCUCUCAUCAAGCGUUCUGGGCAAGCUAAAGCUGUCAUCGCACUCAUUUUCAUCUUCGGUUUCGUCUUCUCGGCUGGCUAUACUCCAUUGCAGCAAUUAUAUCCAGUCGAGUGUCUGCGAUAUGAGUCGCGAGCGAAGGGCAUGGCUUUCUACAACUUCUGGGUCAACAUUGCAGGCUUCUACAACACUUUCGUGACAGGCAUUGCUUUCUCGGGGGCCGGGUGGAAAUACUACUUCCUCUUCAUCUUCUGGGACAUCUUCGAAUUCGUCUUCAUCUACUUCUUCUACGUCGAAACGCGUCGCCGCACCUUAGAAGAACUCUCCGAGAUCUUCAGGAGCCGCACACCCGUCAAAACAAGUCUCAACAAGACCCAAAUUGUCAUGCACGGCAGCGAAGGUGUCACCGAGGUCUUGGAAAAAGAGACCACUGCUUGA